AUGGAUUUCGACAAGUUAGUUAAGUCCAGUAAAUUUCCAAGCAGUUACGUAGGGACGCGUGGCCCAUCUCGCUGUAUUCCUUUUAACCGCUUACCGGAUAUUACCCGUAACUCCUCAUACUCCUCAUUUACCUCUUCCCUUCUCUCCCCUUUAUAUUCUCUAUCUCUUUCCCUUCUCCCCUCCACUCUCUCCUUACGCGACGAUAUCUCAAUCUCAGUCCUCAGAGGCCUCAACCUCUUCUUCUACCUCCCUUUUAUUUAUCCUCUCAAAAUCAAAAUUAGGGUUAGGGUUAUGGAAAUUCCCCAAACUUUUACAUCUCCAUUAAUGGCGGCAGAUCGUAUUAAAGGUCCAUGGAGUCCUGAAGAAGAUGAACUCUUACAAAAACUCGUCCAAAAACAUGGCGCUAGGAAUUGGUCGGUAAUUAGCAAGUCGAUUCCUGGUCGUUCUGGCAAAUCUUGUCGUCUUCGGUGGUGUAAUCAGCUUUCUCCGGAAGUUGAACACCGUCCGUUUUCUACCGAGGAAGAUGAAAUCAUCGUUAGGGCGCACGCACAGCAUGGCAACAAGUGGGCUACCAUCUCGAGGCUUCUCAAUGGUCGCACCGACAACGCGAUCAAGAACCACUGGAAUAGUACCUUGAAGAGGAAGUUUUCUUCGAUUGUCGCCGGAGAUGAGAUUUACCGGCCGGAAAAACGGCCGGAGAUUUCUUUCUCUCCUCCUCUUUCUCCGUCGGAAUCUGACGUCAGUGAUUCCGGCGUUGGUUAUCUUCCGACGGUUGUUGAGGAGAGAGAAAAUCAAGAAAAUGAUCCGUUGACCGCGUUGACUCUUUCUCUACCUGGAAUAAUAGAAGAACAUCCGAGUAAAAGUGAGUCGACUCAGGAGGAGACUCGGAAGGUAGAUGUUGUCGGUUGUGAAUCAGUGAAAGAAACGAUGUCGUUUGGACCAGAGUUGAUGGCUGUGAUGCAGGAGAUGAUAAAGAAAGAAGUAAGGAAUUAUAUGAUGGAGGCUGAGAGAAGUGGUGUGUCGUUUGAUGAAUAUAGUGCUCGAAACGCCGUCGUUAAUCGCUUUUGCAAUGGUCAUAUCCAUUAAAAGAGGGAAGAAUGAUUAUCUAUCAUCCUGAAAAUUCCUAUUUUUUUUACUAGUGUUUAAUUUUUCAAUUUUUUGCCUGUUGAACUUUCGCAUGUACAGAAAUGAGAAGAGAACAUGGAUCAUGGAAGUUGUAGGAGUAGAGAUUCAGAUUAAUUAGGGUUAUAAAAAUGGAAAUGAAGCACAACAUUUUUGGUAGAAA